AUGAAUAGGAGCCCACUGUCUGAGCAUGGCGAGAAAAUCCCAUCGCUGAAUCCAUCACCUGACGGGGGACAUGCAACAGGCCGCAACACAGCUGGACCACCACCCUAUGGCUCUGCCAAAGGGGGGACCAUUGGUCCAUCACUCUACAGAGGCAAUACACCCAGCCCAUCACCGUACAGCCUCAACACCUCUGGUCCAUCACCCGGUGGAGGCCAUACACCCAGCCCAUCACCGUACAGCCUCAACACAUCUGGUCCAUCACCUGGUGGAGGCCAUGCAGCCAGCCCAUCAGCGUACAGCCUUAACACCAUUGGUCCAUCACCCUACAGAGGCCACACACCCAGCCCAUCACCAUACAGCCUCAACACCUCUGGUCCAUCACCUGGUGGAGGCCACACACCCAGUCCAUCACUGUAUGACCUUAACACCUCUGGUCCAUCACCUGGCGGAGGCCAUACACCCAGUCCAUCACUGUAUGACCUCAACACCUCUGGUCCAUCACCUGGUGGAGGCCAUACACCCAGCCCAUCACCGUACAGCCUCAACACCUCUGGUCCAUCACCUGGUGGAGGCCAUACACCCAGCCCAUCACUGUACAGCCUCAACACCUCUGGUCCAUCACCUGGUGGAGGCCAUACACCCAGCCCAUCACCGUACAGCCUCAACACCUCUGGUCCAUCACCUGGUGGAGGCCAUACACCCAGCCCAUCACUGUACAGCCUCAACACCUCUGGUCCAUCACCUGGCAGAGGCCAUGCAGCCCGCCCGCAAGAAAAUGCAUGGACACCAUGUCAGGAUUGUAAGGGGGAAUUUGAAAGAAUCCUACAGGAAAAGAGAAGGAUCGAUGAAGUCAUCUCGAGAAUAGAUCCAGGCCAGGUCAGAGAGCUUCAGACUCUCUGCGACUUAAUUGGAGAGAGGCAUUGUGGCAGCCCAGCUUCACCAUCAGGCCAGCAGGAGCUGUUUCCUGGGAGCGGCAUAUUCAUCUCAUCAUUCCGCCUGGCUGCCAUGAAUCACGCAUCAAAACCAAAUUGCAUGCGUCUGUUUCAUGCACUUUUUGAUCAUUUCUUCACUGUUGAGGAGUGUCAAAAUGCAGUGCCCUUUGGUCGUCCUGGCAACAACCCCUCAGGAAAGCAAGGAAAGCAGGUCCUUGACCGUAAAAAAGUUGACGGAAUCCUAACGAGGACUCGCACCGUCUCUGUGUUAUGUGCCUCGGGGCACAACACGCACGAUCAUCUCUUGAGAGGGGUGGUUGUGCACAUUGUGAAAAGAUGCCGCUCCAUACAUUGCGCUCGCGGCUGGCACUCUUCGAGGAGGGUGCUGAGCCGCGUGUUCCUCCACGGUUCUGGCCCCGCUGCUGCCGAGGCAGAGCAGAAGCUGCGAUCGUGGGGAUCAAAACUAGAUUUCGCGGACGAGCUUGAGACGGGUCUUCCCCUUUCUCAGCCUUCACCCGCGGGAUCUAGUGCCCCGUCUCUGGAUUUGGAAGCCCACGCUGCGGUUUCUUCCGCCCAGGGCGGGAGCCCAAAUCUGCAUUUAUCGUUGUCCGAGGAAGUCGAUAUUAUGUCUGUGGACGUGGUGGACGCUGAGGAGCCUUCUCAUUCGUCCCCCACGUUCGAUGAUUUAAUAGAGGUUGUCACUAAUGCCGCGGCUCGCUUAAAAUUAGACUGGCCGGCGGAGACACAGAGCGCACGUCCUCAGAGCAUGUUAGACGAGUGCUUUUUAAAACAGAAACCUCAACCUUCGCGGUGCAACAUGCCUUUCUUUACUGAUCUUCACAGCGAGCUGUAA